AUGUCGACGCCGUCUCUCAGCCUCGACUACUCCGACCUGAUGGUCAUGCCUGGCUGGGCCGAGUCCGGUCCUGGCAAGUCCGGUCUGCCAAGACCCAGCGGCCAACCGGCGGUCGCAGUCUGUCCCAGCUGGGGCCAACCUUCGACCUUCUCCUCGUCCCCCUCCUCGUCCUCCUCCUCCGCCGUCUCCGCUUCCUUCUUUGCCUCGUGUCCCGGUGCCAAGAGGAACUGUUGCACAGCCCCACCGGUUCCGUCGGGCAGCUCUGCUUCGGAGCCCUCCUGCUCCGGCCAGAAGGCCUCUUCCAAGACAAUGAUCCAAAAUUGUGAGGAACUUUUGAGACCGAGUGAAGUGAGGCUGGACGAAGAGGCCUCUUCGCCGGCCCUGCUCGACGACGUCUCGCAACCGCGCGUCACCGCCUACCACCUCGAGCUGGACGACGGCAGUGGGGGCCCCUUCAAGAAACUAGGUCCGAAGUCGUCUGCCAUAGUAGUUGUCAUGAUUCCCAGCAUCAGACAGUGGACUUGGUACAUUCUCAAGCUUUUCGCCGGUAUCGUAGUCGGCAUCAUCAGAAUGGCAAAACUGACUGAUGUUGCCGAAUACGAUGCCAGCGAAACGUUUGAGAAUGCACCAAAUCCACUGUCAGAUGCUGGGAAUCAUGACAACUACUAUGGCAGACAACUUCGGACUAGGGUGGACUGCAGUUUCGACCUGAUCCAGGCCUUAUCAACACCUCCAGCGGGACUCGAACCAUUACAGGGCAGCGUAUAA